CCCCCCCACAUCCAUCCUGCUUGCCUCAACGUGUGUGGGAGUGUGUUGCACACUUGCAAUGGGUUAACAGCCCCCCCCCACAACCAGACCCUGAGAAAUCACCAUCAUUUCUUCCCGUGGAGAGAGAGCAUUUGUAGAAUUUCUUUCAAGGAUCUGGUAACAUGGCAAAAGAUGCCGGUUUAAUUGAAGCCAAUGGAGAACUCAAGGUUUUUAUAGACCAGAACCUUAGUCCUGGAAAAGGGGUUGUGUCAUUAGUAGCGGUUCAUCCUUCUUCAGUAAACACCCUUGGGAAACAACUCUUGCCAAAAACAUUCGGACAGUCUAACGUCAACAUUGCACAACAAGUGGUAAUUGGCACACCACAGAGACCCUCAGCACCAAAUACUAUCCUAGUAGGAAGUCCACAUACACCUAACACACAUUUUGUAUCACAGAACCAAGCAUCAGAUUCCUCACCUUGGUCCGCUGGGAAGCGCAAUAGGAAAGGAGAGAAGAAUGGCAAGGGCCUGAGGCAUUUCUCUAUGAAAGUUUGCGAGAAGGUGCAGAGGAAAGGAACCACGUCAUACAACGAAGUGGCAGAUGAGUUGGUUGCAGAGUUCAGUGCCGCGGAUAACCACAUUUUACCAAAUGAAUCACAGGCCUAUGACCAGAAGAAUAUAAGACGACGUGUCUAUGAUGCCUUAAAUGUCCUAAUGGCCAUGAAUAUUAUCUCUAAGGAGAAGAAGGAAAUCAAAUGGAUUGGUCUACCCACCAACUCGGCUCAGGAAUGUCAGAAUUUAGAGGUAGAGAGACAGCGAAGACUUGAAAGAAUAAAGCAAAAACAGUCUCAACUUCAAGAACUUAUUCUCCAGCAAAUUGCCUUCAAAAAUCUGGUGGAGAGAAAUCGUCAGGCAGAGCAACAAAUAAGCAGACCACCGCCUUCCAACUCUGUUAUCCACCUCCCGUUUAUCAUUGUGAACACCAGCAAGAAGACGGUCAUCGACUGCAGUAUUUCUAACGACAAAUUUGAAUAUCUAUUUAACUUUGACAACACAUUUGAAAUCCACGAUGAUAUAGAAGUAUUAAAGCGGAUGGGAAUGGCUUGUGGGCUAGAAUCUGGAAGUUGUUCUGCGGAGGACCUAAAAACCGCGAGGAGUUUGGUACCUAAAGCUCUGGAACCUUAUGUGACAGAAAUGGCUCAGGGAUCAAUCAGCAGUGUCUAUGUCACAUCAUCGGGUUCAGCUUCAAAUGGCACAAGAUUUUCUGCCAGCGAUUUCACCAACGGCGCCGACAGCACGUUGGCCACCAGCUCCAACGGGUCCCAAUACAGCGGCUCCAGGGUGGAGACCCCCGUGUCCUACGUCGGCGAAGAUGACGACGACGACGACGACUUCAACGAGAACGACGACGACGAUUGAUUUCGUGGUUUCUAGACCUUUUGUUUUUUUUCCUCUCCUCUGUUCCCCUCCAAAUUCAACUUCAGGAAUAAAUUGUCGUAGGGGAAGAAGCUUUUUUAAAGUGUGGGUGGGUUUUUUUUGUUUGUUCGUCCCGUCCCGUCCCCCCCCCCGCCCUUUGGUUCUUUUUUUUGCCCAUCCCCAAGGAUAUAUUGGUAAGCUGUUAUGAGUUUAGACAUUGCACCUCUGAUGAGCAAAGUGAGGAUCGUUUUCGGUAGGCUUUUUAAUGUGGUGUGGAUGUGUGUUUUGAUACCAGUGUGUUAAUGCAGAUCUCUUAUUUACUCCUUAGGGUUUUGUGUUUUUUGUUUUUGUUUUUACUUGAAGGAAAGUAAAUUUUGUCCCUCAACACUUCGUGUUAAAGGAACUGUACUUGAUCCACGUUGAUUAAAAAUAAAUGCUAUCCUUCUGUGGAAAAUUGGUACACUGAAUGGCCGUUUAUUUGAAGUGUCUUUUUUUUAAUAGUGCCAGUUUCUGAUGGAUAGCAAAAUUACAAAAUGUUAUUUUGUUUUACCAUGCAAUGUCCAAAGAGCCAAGUGAGGGAAACCCCCCGCCCCCUUUUCCCCCACAUUAAACUGAGUAAAUUUUAUUGUGACUUUAUUUUCCCUUAAAUUAUAUCUGAUGUUCUGAUUCCACCAAGCUUGUGUACUUUUUUCAUGGAAUGUUGGGACGUAGAAAAGGUGUACUUUUUAUUUUUGUUGGCAGAAGUUUACUCCCGUGCUGGUGCAGCUCUAUGAAAUAUCUUGAAGGUUCGGAAUGAUUUAUUGCUUAUGAUAAAAAUUUGCCUGAUUUCUUACAGGCAGACUUUGGAAACUUUUUAUUAUAUAGUUGUUUACAUACUUAUAAGUCUAUCAUUUAAAGACAUGUACUGAAACAAAUGUUUGUAUUUGUUUCGUAAGCAUCUUCCUGUAAUCUAUUAUAAAGUUGAAAUUAAAUAUAGAGAAUGUUUUAACAAUUUUUUAACUCAAAUUUGUCAAUCAUUUUUAAUAGUUCAUUUUUUAUAAAAAGAAAAAAAAAAGGAAUUUCAGGGCAGGUGGUAGUCUCUUUUUGAAUUUAUUCACCAAACCAAUUAACUGCACAAAUGCUGUCAGCUGCCUGUUCGAAGACAAUAGUCUUUUUAUGGAAACACAAAUGAACUUUUCUGUAAUAUUUUAUGGACUAUAAAGAGACUUUAAUUGUUUGACUUGUUUAACUUGGCACUGUUAGUUUUUAUUAAUAAAACGCGCAUGGGCAUUUUAAACAA